AUGAAGUUUCAGAUUGCGGAUUGUGCAGGUCCGGAGAUAGCUUCGGCGUCGGCUUUGUGGGCCAACUUCUUCACCCACUGCCGUGACGCUCGAAUGAUUCUCGAACGUUGGCCUUGCAAUGAACCCAUCCCUGGAGCAAAGGGAUGGUCAAUAACUGACGUCAGCUCAAAUGGAAUCAAUAUGAUAUUCACGUACAUGAUUAGCAAGGACGAGACAAAGGAGCUGGGUCCUCAGAUUGUCUCCUGGUCUGAUGAUUACAUGGACUUGGCAGAGGGGAGUGAGGAUUGGCUGGACAUACCAAUCGUUACUGGCGAAUCUGAAUCAGGGGAGCUCGUCGUCCUCGCCCGUGUCAGAAACUGCUUGCCGGAGGUUGAGAAUGCGGCUCGACAAAACGAUGGAGGCGCUGACUGCCCUCCACUACUCCGUGCCAGAGCUCGUAGCCAGAUGAUCGAGGACAACACCUUGAAGGUGGUCAAAAAGAAGAAGACGGCGACAACCUCCACACAACUUGGCCGGCAGAAGUGCAAGUUAUUCAUUAAUUCCAUUCCAUGGAAUCCAUAUGGACUGCUCCAUGGAAUCCAUGUGGAUAUGCCUGCAUUCCAUAUGGAAUCUGAUGGAAUCCAUAUGGAAUGCAUCAUUCCAUAUGGAAUCCAUGAUGUCCAUGGAAUCAGAAACUGGCUGUGUCCUCAGCCAACAUUGAUUCCAUGGAUUCCAUAUGGAAUUCUUCAUGGAUUCCAUGGAUUCCACAUGGAUUCCAUAUGGAUUAUACCGGGGAAGUUCAGACAAAUGUGGGCUAAAUUCCAGAACCUAGAAGAACUUAGAAGAAUGUUCAAGAAUGUUCUGUCCUUGUUUGUCUUUGUUCAACGUGCUUGA